AUGUCGUUAACUCUCGGGCUCACCCCACCCUCCUCGGUCGCACGCCUGGCCAUCAAACCAGAGCGUGUUCGGCGGGUUUUGGGGGCUACUGGGUUGCAGAGGCGACGAGACCCUUGCCAUCGAAACCAAUAUGCUGCACACAGGUGGCUAGCAACACAAACGAAACUCCCUGCGGAUAAUCAUCCUUUGGCCUAUACCUGGCUGACACGCACCCCUGAGGAGAUUACUCCAGAUGACGUUCUUUCAACCAUCCCCUCGCUUUCGGGCUCGCGACUAGAAUCAAAACCGAUCCCUAUCAUCCUUGUCACACCCAGUUUUGCGCCAUGGGUUGAUACAUCCCAUACCUUCCUCGAGCAAUGGAUCAACCGACUGUACCAUAACCCUCCGGGGGAUUCCAAUAGCUCUACGUAUGCCUUUGUAGCAAUUGUUGACAGGCUACCUGAUACCAGUCGCGAGCCAGGCAACGCAUCAAAAGAGGGGGCUCGGGAAUACGAGGGCAUAUCGGUUUUGUUUUCAAGCGCAGAGAACAUACAAGGGAAAGCCGCCGCGCCGCGCCGACUCCGAGCCACGGACGCCCCAGAAGCAGCUUUCGUGUUCUCGGUUCAAACGGACACCAACGCUACCAAUGAAGGCACCCGUCCACCCAUCCAUGAAGUUGGCUUGCGUCUCGCCAAUACCAUAUUUCUCAAUGGCAAGGAAAAUACCCUUUUUGGAACACGCUGGGGCUACAAUGCUUCGUCGUCCGGUUAUAAUUUGGAUCAGGUCAUCGACCUGUCUCGCUGUUUAAUUACAUCGAACACAGAGUCUAUCCACACUUCUCUAGGCCUCCCGCUUUAUCCAGUCGGCCGGCGAAGAAGGGUUGUAACCAGCAUGGGCAAUAUUUUGCGCCAAAUCACAAAACAUGCCGAUGGUCAAUCGAUGGAGCCGAUGCCGGCUUCGACGGAGUUGGAAAAGGAGCUUCCGCGUUACAUUGAAGAACAUGACAUUACCGACCACAGAGUCUCGGUGUGGGCUCUCAUCGAAGGCCCCGACCAACAUGGAGCGGACAGGAGCCCAGAUGAUCUCACCAAGGCACUUCAGGCGGGAGGUAAACUCCACCAUGUCAUGAGCGGUGGCGGUGGAUGGGGUAAGAAGCAGGGCCUAUUGUCGCUAGAUCCUGAGAUCAGUUUCCUGGCACCUUCUGAUGAUGGGGAACCCGUGAGCCUGAACGGGCUCUUUUCUCCCCAGGCCGAGGACUCGCUGCCAGACCGAAUGCCAUCGCUCGACCGAGUCUUCAUCGAUGACCUGUCAUCGCUGUCACAGGUCGCCCGGGCGGGCGACUAUAUUCAAUUUUUUGUUUCGGUCAGCUCAGGGCAUGAGCAGGACAGAUCGGAUCGGUCACUGGUUCCGGAAGAGGCUCUUUCGUGUCAUUUCGGUGUCGUCGCUGAUGCUGAAAGCCCCAUGGCAUCGCCGAGUACCUCUCUCGAACGAAAGGAUUUAAUCCAGGUGCCGAAUCAUUUCGGCGCGCUGUCCGAGAAGGCCGUCACUUAUUUGCAGCCCAUUGUCCCGGCGAAAUCUGAGGGAGAGUUGCUUGAAUCUAGCACCAAGCUCAAUAUGGCUGGGGCUCGGAUUUCACUAGCCCUGGAAUAA